AUGUUCCUGUUUCCUUCUGAUGCAUCCUCUUCACAAUGGCCAUCCGGAUUAGCCAAGGACAUAUCACCCAAAAUAUUUUCUACAGCUAAACACAACCACCAACACGAUGAACAAUCCUCUCCAAAACAUGCUAUGGAUCAAAAGCUUCUAUCUCAUGCUGCUGUCAUUGACAUGCACCCCCCACCCACAAUUCCGCUAGUUGACUCUAGUCAUUCCACUAUCUGUGAAGGUCACCUUCAGCACAAUGCAUCUGUCAUCCUCCCCUUCCCCAUGUCCUCCAAUGAGGAAGCUGAUGUUGAGAGUGUUUUCUCUCUUGACACAUUCAACAUGUUUGACGAUGAGGAAGUCCUCAUGAAUGGCAGACAGGAGAUUGGCAAGUCGAGCAGCUCUGCUCAAAGGAGACCGUUUUCUGCAACCUCUCAUACUGCAUAA